AUGAAAACAAAGCCACCCGGCCCUUCUCGCACUGCACGUACUCCACAAAACGUGGAUAGAGUGAGAGAUGCGAUUCAGCGCAGUCCUGGCCGUUCCGCAAGGCGUCACGCAACGGAACUUGGGCUGAGUAAGAGCACAGUGAAACGGAUAUUACACAAGGAUUUAGGGUUUCAUCCAUAUAAAAUUAUGAUUGUACAGAAGUUAAACGAUGCUGAUUAUCAACAACGCGUUAUGUUUGCUGAAACAAUGUUAAACAUGUUUGAAGAGAAUGACGACAUAAAAAUUUUAAUGAGUGAUGAAGCCCACUUCCAUUUGGAUGGGACUGUUAAUAAACAGAACUGCCGUUAUUGGGCCUUGGAAAACCCUCGUGAGCUACAUCAGAGACCAUUGCACAGUCAAAAAGUCACCGUUUGGUGUGCUGUAGGGAAAUUUGGAAUUUUCGGACCAUUUUUCUUUGAAGAAAACGAAAGAACUGUGACUAUAACUUCUGAACGAUAUGUCAAUAUGAUGACAAACUUUUUCAUUCCGGAACUUGAAAGACAAGGAAUCGACCCCGAUCAUGUAUGGUUUCAGCAGGACGGGGCUACUGCGCAUACGGCCCGAGCCUCUAUGGCAGCAGUUCGAGCAUUGUUCCCAGGGCGACUAAUCUCACGGUUCGGUGAUGUUGCGUGGCCACCACGUUCACCGGACUUAUCAAUGUGCGACUUUUUUCUUUGGGGUCACCUGAAGGCAAAUGUUUACAAAGAAAAGCCACGAACUCAAGAAGAAUUGAAGAAUGCAAUUCGGUACCAAAUUGAACUAAUCAAUGAACAGUUAUUGAUAAAAGUGGAAACCAGUUUUCGAGAAAGACUCAAUAUGUGUGUCAAUUCAAAUGGCCGUCAUUUGGGUGAUGUAAUUUUUAAAAAAUGA